AUGUCACGUAUUGAGAAACUCAUGUCCCAGAAAAGUCGGUCAAUGGUGGCCCACCGUCGUUUCAUUCAUACGUUAGAACAAACAUUAGAAGACAAGUGCACUUUUCGUUGUAAAAAUCAGAACUGUAAAGCUCGGUGUCAUACGAACUUAUCUAUGGAUUUCUUCAUGUCGGAUCCAACAGCACACUCGCAUGCUCCAAAUCCAGAACAAACUCCUGCUAUUGAAGCUAUGAUCAAGAUCAAAAUGAAAGCAGCGAGUUCUGACGAGGCAACAAGCUCAAUUAUACAAUCGUCAUUACGUAUAUUGCCUUUGACCGCAGUUAGCAGUCUACCAUCACCUGCGUCAUUAGCAAGAACUGUUCGAAGACAACGUCUUACGCCAUGUUCAACUUCGAAUAGUCUACUACCGGACUUGCUUAGAAAAACAGAUCGUGGAGAAGACUUUGUUUUAUAUGAAGAUAAUCAAAUGAUAAUUUUUGCUACAACGAGGAACUUAUCGCUGUUGAAGCAAUGCAAGCAUUGGUUUGUCGACAGCACCUUUAAGGUCUGUCAAGAGGACUUCUAUCAAUUGUUCACAGUGCACGUGUUGUUGCAAUCGGUUGUUAUUCCACUUAUCUACGGAUUAUUAAUUGGCAAAAGCUCUGACGAUUAUAAAAAGUUCUUCGAAAAAGUAUUAGAACGCGACGACUUCGAACCAGAAUCAAUCCUUAGUGAUUUUGAAUCCUGCACAAUAAAAACUAUCAAAGAUAUUUUUCCAAACAGUGUCCAUCGAGGUUGCCUGUUCCAUUUUGGGCAGACGGUUUGGCGUCAUGUGCAAGAUAAUGGUUUAACAAGAAAAUAUAAAGACCACGAUACUUUUCGAUUAAAUGUUAGAAAACGACUUGCCUUCCCCUUCGUUCCAGCGGCGGAAGUAAUUGAAGCGUUCGACUUACUUGCUGAUGACUUCGACGAUGAAGCUGAAAAUCUGGUGGAAUAUUUCGAAAAAACGUGGAUAGGUGAAAAGAAGAUUCGAUGUANCUCAACGCACGUUUAA